GUUCUAGCGCGCCCCAGCGCCCGGCCGCGCGCCAGGAAGCGGCUGCGCGUCCACAGGACUUCUCCUUGUUUCUGAUAGUGGCCAGGCGGGAGCCCAGCGCGCCAUGCGCCCCUGGCACUGCCAGAGCGCGCCGGGCCAGCUCGGCUGCCAGCCACUAGGACGCCCCCCAGAGCUCCCUGGGACCUCCGUGAAGGGCUUGGGUGGAGGGGUGGGCCCGAGGGGGUCUCAGGAAGCGACAUGAUGCAGUACACUUCGCCGGGGCCCAUGGGAGGCCCCUCCCUCAGCGCCCUGUUCCUCUGCAGUGUCUCGGCCAGCAUGGCCCCCACGCUGAAGCAGGCCUAUGGCAGGCGCUGGUGGAUGGCCUGCAGCGCUGUCCUGGAGAAUCUCUUCUUCUCGGCUGUGCUCCUGGGCUGGGGCUCCCUGUUGAUCAUGCUCAAGAAGGAGGGCUUCUAUUCCAGCUUGUGCCCAGUCUCCCUUCCCCUUUUGCAGCUGAGAACACAACCAACAGCACCCAGGAGGAGCAGCGCCAGUGGCCAAGCUGCCGCCAGCAGGAUGAGAUGCUCAACGUGGGCUUUACCAUCGGCUCCUUCCUGCUCAGCGCCACCACCCUGCCCCUGGGCAUCCUCAUGGACCGCUUUGGCCCCCGGCCCCUUCGACUGGUGGGCAGGUGAGGUGACUGUGCCGGUUGCCUGCUUCGCAGCAUCCUGUACCCUCAUAGCCUUGGCUUCUUGGGACCCUCAAGUUCUGUCGCCAUUGAUAUUCCUGGCGCUGUCUCUGAAUGGGUUUGCUGGUAUCUGCCUGACCUUCACUUCGCUCACUCUGCCCAACAUGUUUGGGAACUUGCGGUCUACCUUCAUGGCCCUCAUGAUUGGUUCCUACGCCUCUUCUGCCAUCACAUUCCCAGGAAUCAAGCUCAUCUAUGAUGCUGGAGUGCCUUUCAUGGUCAUCAUGUUCACUUGGUCUGGCCUGGCCUGCCUUAUCUUUCUGAACUGCGCCCUCAACUGGCCCACGGAAGCUUUUCCAGCCCCGGAGGAAGUCGACUACACGAAGAAGAUCAAGCUCAUUGGCUUGGCCUUGGACCACAAGGUCACAGGAGACCGCUUCUAUGCUCACGUGAACAUUGUGGGUCAACGCCUGAGCCAGAAGGCCCCAAGCCUGGAAGAAGGGGCUGACACCUUCAUCUCCUCCCAGGAUGUUCGUAGCACCUCAGAACACCUUCCAGAGAGGUCUGUGCCCUUCCGCAAGAGCCUCUGCUCCCCUAUUUUCCUGUGGAGCCUCCUCACCAUGGGCAUGACCCAGUUGCGGGUGAUCUUCUAUAUGGCCGCCAUGAACAAAAUGCUGGAGUAUCUCAUCACAGGUGGCCAGCAGCCUGAGACCAAUGAAAUGAGACAAAAGGUGGCAGACACAGUCGGGUUCUACUCCUCAGUCUUUGGGGCCAUGCAGCUGUUGUGCCUGCUCACCUGCCCCCUCAUCGGCUACAUCAUGGACUGGCGGAUCAAGGACUGUGUGGAUUCCCCAGCCGAGGGCGCUGCCCUUGGAGAUGCCAGGGAUGGAGACCAGACCAAGUCGACCAGACCACGCUACAGCAAGAUCCAAAAGUUAACCAAUGCCAUCAACGCCUUCACCCUGACCAACCUUUUGCUGGUGGGUUUUGGCAUCACUUGCCUCAUCAACAACUUACACCUCCAGUUGGUGACCUUUGUCCUGCACACCAUGGUGCGAGGUUUCUUCCAUUCGGCCUGUGGGGGCCUCUACGCUGCUGUGUUCCCAUCCAAUCAUUUUGGGACGCUGACAGGCCUGCAGUCGCUCAUCAGCGCUGUGUUUGCUCUGCUCCAGCAGCCACUCUUCAUGGCCAUGGUGGGGCCCUUGCGUGGAGAGCCCUUCUGGGUCAACAUGGGCCUCCUAGCACUCUCCUUUCUGGGAUUCCUGCUACCUGCCUACCUCUUCUAUUACCGUGCCCAGCUCCAGAGACACGUCACUGCCAACUGGCCCGACCCACAGAAGGCUCUUAGUGUCCCCAAAGUGGCCGCUUAAACUCUGGAGGCCAAGGGAGCUGGAUGGCAAGCCACAAAGGGAAUGCCCCGGAGGACUUUCUACCUGUGUGAGCCAAGCCAGGGGCCGUACAUUUAUAAAUACCGAGAGAAGUUCUAUUUUUGUAAGGACCUGCAAAAACAAAACAAAACAAAAAAAAAAGUGGAGGGAAAGACAACUCUUCUGCCAAAGGACAGCCUCUGUGCUACCAGGAAUGGACCUUCUUUGGGUUGGAGCAAGCCAAGAGUUGGAGGCUGCCCAUUCUCCAGAACUUUGUCUUAGGGACCGAGAACAGGCAGGCCUCCUUUUUAUUUUUUUUUUCCUGGUGCUUCCCUAGGGCUCAUGGGUCCUGAGGUUCCAGCUCUAAGGAGUGCUUUGUGUCCGAGCUCGCAUGCGUGUGACAACCUUCCCCUCAGAAGAAAAGGGCUGAGAGGCUGGCUGUGUCACAGAUGGGGUAGAGACAGGGAAGGGAUCAAGCCCCUUCCAGGGUCUGGAGGGCAGGUUCCCUCCCUCGCGCUGCUGCCUGCAGGUCUUAGAGGAAAUAAAGAAGGAAAGU